AAAUGUAGUCUUAUAUAAUGAAAAUUCAAAAUAUAGUAUGGCCUUUGUAAACCUUUGACAAACUAAGUAGAACAUGAAAAGUAUGUUCAUUUUUGUACCGUUUCUAAAUCAGUCUUUAAUGUCGAUAUGUAAAAAAUGUGGUACUUUCGGUUUCAUUUCCUAAAUUCCAGCCUCCCAGCCCUGGGAAGCCCUACCCGGAUAAUACCUGUAAAACACUCACUAGGACACAGCAUACGCACAGCAAGAAAGCAGCAAGAACAGAUCUACUUCAUAAAUAAGGUGUAACGAUGGCUAACAUUAAAACAUUAAAUGAAAUUGGACACCUCAACUCGUCUGGCUUUGGUAGGCCUUGGCCCAGGCAUGGGCUUUACCUGCUCCACUGGUUCUCCCAUAACUACGUCAUAUUCGACAACAAUGGUGACCUGCGGGCGCAGUACAACCCCCAAGAGGAGCUGUUCGGCUUCCAUCACUUCGAUAACCGACUCGAGUGUGACGGUAACCGUUAUCAACUGCUCCCCAACCAGAACAUUCCAUACUAUGAAGUGGGCAACCUGAAUAAGCCAGGGGCAGGUGACCUGCCACUGUACGUUAGGCAGAACUACAAAAAACACCAUGAUGACAACAAUAUGGACCGUAUCAUCAUCAGUCUUCACCCCGACUUGGUGUUGGAUAAAGUCUAUGUGACCCAACACAAGGAUGUGAGGACCUUUGAUCGCCAGAACACCUAUCGGAUCAGUAGGGGUUUGGUCAGGCUCAUCCGUAAUCUGGAACUGGAGGAGCUGCUUAAGCAAGCUGGGUACCACAGAACCAUUAUGUUUGUCAAAGCAGUCAAGCGGCAAGAGACUCCAGCUCGAAGCCACACCACCGUUUGUCAACCAGCUGUUAGCCAACCUGACUGGGUCAACAUCAAGAGGCCCUCUGCUGUGAGUCCCAGGCCAACACCAUCAAGGGAGUCUGUAAUUGACAUGCCACAUGACUCAAUGCCUCGUGGGAACAAAAUAAAUCAUGUGUCUGUCAGUAUACCCGAGAGCAGAGACUCCCAUAUGCCUCGGCGGGAGAGGCAAUGCUGUGCCAUUCUGUAGACUGGGCCAAAGAGAGUCAAAAGGGUUCAUCUUACAGGACGAAUGGGGAAAUAACCGUGGACAAAAUGUAUUACAGUGCUCCUGUAAGUAGGUCUACAGUGCAACACUAUUGUAAUUACUCAUUAUUACACUGUACCUACAGCAGGGACCCUAACCCUAAGUCACUUUUUACACAAUUAUUUAGAAUAAAGUAAUUUUUUUAUUAAAAAUAAUUCUUUACAUUUCUGUCUCGCAAUCUGUAACGCUUCAGCGACACAGAUUGAAUAGAGCCCUACAGUAAAUUGUUUCCGAUAAAAAGCGGGAAAAAGUACGACCAUGUUUAACCACAAACCGAUACCACACCUUAUAGUUAAAACGUUUGUGAAAGUAGAAAGAGAUGAGUAAAGUGGUUUUACAAGCGGGUAACUGGUAUAAACUGGUAUAAACUGUCAAAGUAGACUCAUUAUGAAGCGUUCAUUCAGAAUGUGAAUUUGUUAUAAAUUAUAAACUGUUGAUAAAAGGGAAUAAGUCAACAUUUCUGCAUUAGUGAUCAAAGAAAGCAUACAUUAAAUCAACCCAUCUAUUUCCCACGCUUUAUUCUCUAUUCGCUUUAAGAUUGCACUGAGAUUGACCAAUCAGAAUAUACUGUAGUUCAUUGAUUAUGCUUGUGUUAUAGUUCCCAGGUGUGGGACGCUAUUGGCAGAUAUGUACCCCUAGAACAGGAUUAAUGAAGAGAAAGAGAGAAUUAGCUUCUUUAACUUGAUUUCUGUUCCAAUGUAUUUAUUAAAGUUUCUCAUAUUCAAAA